AUGGCGCUGUUCAGACGCUUCUUCUAUAAGAAACCGCCGGAUCGGCUGCUCGAAAUCUCCGAGCGGGUUUACGAAUUGGACUAUAUCAUAAUUAGAUUGCUUCCUCUAUACAAUAAUGGAAGGGGGAGCCGUCCGGUAGUUCAUGUUUAUGGUCAGGAUCCUUCUUUAGUGAAAUCCAAUAAGAGUUCCAAGCUCCUUUUUGCCUUCCCCAAAGCGAUAGGAGUUGAAGUAUACUCAUGUUUGUAUCAGGUUCUCUUUUUGGAUGCUGAUGCACUUCCAUCUAUUAUCACAUUAGAAGAACCAUCUGAAGAUAAUGAGAGUGAGACAGAAGUUGCCUCACCUGACGAGUUUUUUAAGGUGGAUGAGAUAUUCAGCAGCAUUGUCGAUGGGCAUGAGGGAAGGGUCUCCUCUGAUACUCCCACAGCUCGUGAAAGUGUGCAGAAUGAUAAGAGUUCUGAACCAGUCUUGAAGGAGGGAUUGGAGCAUCACUCUUUUCUAGAUUGUGCAUCUGAUGAAGGAACCCGAAGGCAUGAUGGCAGGAUAGGUUCUAAUUAUCGGGCAUCAAAAUCUAGUCCUAUUGGCAAUGAAAAUGAGGUGUUAGUCUCUAUUAAUGUGGACCCCAAAUUUAGUCCUGCUGCUUCAAAGAAACAGCCACUAGCAAACUCAACAACUUCUGCAGAUGCUUUUGGUUCAAAAAAUGAAUCUAAACAUCAAGAAUCACAGGCAGUAUUUCCUGUUCAUGGCAAGUUAGAUGAAGAGGAGAAUAAUCAAGAUGAAGAGAGUAUAUCCACACAGGAGUUAGAAAGGCAGGGGCUUGAACAGAAAAUGGAUGCUGAUAGUAACAAGCAGCAGUGUGAUAAUGUACCCCCUGCUGCUCCAAAGAAACAGCCACUAGCAAACUCAACAACUUCUGUAGAUCCUUUUGGUGCAAAAAAUGAAUCUAAACAGCAAGAAUCUCAGGGAAGCCUUUCAAGACAGGCAAAACCAAAAACAAUAUCUUGGCAGAUGGCUUCUAGUGAAGGCUCAUACACCAAUUUGAUACAUGUAUCAGACCCCCCAUCAAGGUGUAACAGUGCACCACCUGCACUUGCUCUUGAUAAGGAUUUUCAAUCACAGGGGAAACCAAAGGCUCCAUCUCCUUGUGCUUCUCCAGAAAUUUUUGCUCCAAUCAAUGAUUCUAUCUUCAUGGCAGGUUGUGUGGCGAAACAUUCCUCCUGUCCUGCAUCUUUAGAUAUAUCAACAGCAAAGAUUGCAUCAAUUGUUGCUUCUUCUACUUCCCUGCCACAAGAUCUGCAAGUGCAUCCACCUCCGCCUCCACCCCCACCACUUCCAACUUGGUAUACCAACUCUUUGUCAUCUCAAGUGCCAUAUGAGCAGCAGCUAGCAGAGAUAAAUUCUUCCCCUCUUCCAACUCUGUAUUUCCCACAACAAGCAAGCCACAGUACAACAGUUUCCUCUCUUGGCCUAAUUCCUCCCCCACCCCCUCUGCCAACAUUGCUCCUGUUUUCUACUUGUGUUGCAGUUGGUACUACUUCUCCACCUCUACCUGUAGCUCAGCCCCCAGCCCUUCCUCUUCCACAAGGUGCUCCUGGACCUCCUGGAGGGGCACCUCCACCACCUGGAAGAGGCGGUCCUGGAAGAGGGCGUGGACUUCCUGGGAGAGCUGGAACAGCUAAAAGAUCUAAGGAAUUGUGUUGGAAUAACGUAGCCAGAGCACUACAACGGAGCUGGUGGGAGGAAUUACAAAGACGUGGAGAGCCUCAAGUUGCACUAGAAAUUGAUGUGAAGGAAAUUGAAGCUCUUUUCUCUGCCACAGUCCCCAAAUCUAGUAAAGACAAGUCUGGAGGAAAACAGAAGGCUGUCGGAUCUAAACCUGACAAAAUUCACCUGAUUGACCUGAGGAGGGCCAACAAUACCGAAAUUAUGCUCACAAAGGUUAAGAUGCCACUUCCAGACAUGAUGGCUGCUGCAUUGGCAAUGGAUGAGUCAAUUUUGGAUGCUGAUCAAGUAGAAAACCUUAUAAAAUUUUGUCCCACCAAAGAAGAGAUGGAUCAACUUAAGAAUUACACCGGUGACAAGGAGAUGCUAGGGAAGUGUGAACAGUUCUUUCUGGAACUGAUAAAGGUGCCACGAGUGGAGUCAAAAUUAAAAGUUUUUCUCUUCAAGAUUCAAUUCAACACGCAGGUCGCAGAUUUCAGAAAAAGUUUGACAUGGGUGAACUCCUCUUGUGAAGAGGUACGGAAUUCUGUCAAAUUUAAAGAUAUCAUGAAGAAGAUAUUAUAUCUAGUAAACACAUUAAAUCAAGGAACAGCCCGAGGUGCUGCAGUUGGAUUUAAGUUGGAUAGUCUUUUAAAACUUACUGAUACAGGUGCUAGCAACAGGAUGACACUCAUGCAUUAUCUUUGUAAGGCUUUGGCAGACGAAAUGCAGACCAUUACCAGGGGAUUUGAUAAAGUAAAGCAGGAACUGGUUGCAUCUGAGAGUGAUGGCCCUGUAUCUGAAACUUUCCUCAAGACACUAAAGGAAUUCAUUGGAACUGCUGAAGCAGAAGUGGCGUCUUUUACAAAUUUGUAUGCUGUGGCGGCCAGGAAUCUUCAUUCUUUAGCUCGAUUUAUAGGAUUAUGCUCAAGUCUUUGAUCCUCAACUAACUUGUUGAUAUUAAUAAUUUGAUCCUCAACUAUUUCAUACACAUCAAUGAGCUUUAAGGAAUAAGUUGUCAUCUACAAAGAAAAGAUGAGAUCGAUACCGUACCGUCAAAGCAGUGACGCACCAUCAUCCACCUGAUAACCAUGAAUAACCUUAUGACCUCUCAAUCAGUCAUUCUCAUGAAAAAGAGUAGAGAAACUUUUAGCACAAACAAUGAAGGUAUAUGUUUAUAGCAUUUUUU